AAUCGAAGUUGUUGACUUCUAUUGCCCAUGACUUUGGGCAAACGUCAAAAUAAAAAUACUAACCUAUAACACUAAACUGAUGACAGAUAGAACUAAUUUUAACCUCAACUGAAAAUAUUAAGUACAUUUGAAAUCUAUUCUUAUGAGUAUAACUAUACAGAUCGGGUUGAGAAUGCCCAGAUGUAUUAUUUCUAGACGUAGACCAUAACAAAUGGAGUUUCUUAUUUAAUAUUUUUAGCACUACGCAAAUGAUUAUUGAAUAUGGAAGAUUCUUUGGAAGUACUUCCCCUUCAUCGAUAUGAAGUUUUUAGUGAAGAUUGUUGCAAUCUAAUAAAUGCAGAAUGGAAACGAAGUCGUACAGCAAGGAUGUUGAGUUUGAAGAAGUCUUGUGAUAACUUUCCAACAUCAUUAGUGAUGGUCUAUAAUGGAGUGGAAGUUGUCGGCCACAGUAGACUCUCCUCUAUACCUGCUAUUCCAGAUUCGUGUUUUCUUGAGUCUGUGGUGGUGAGCAAAGCGUACCGAGGGAGAGGCUGGGGAAAGUACCUCAUGCUGGCAACAGAAGACUAUGCUAUCAGAUGUGGUGUACAGGAAAUGUACUUGUCAGCAAUGGACCCUGUUCCAGCAUUUUACGCCAAACUCGGUUAUACUGUUUGUGAGCCAGUCUGCAUUUAUGGGGGCCCUAUCGUGAAGAGCCCACGGUCUUCUCCGUCCACUGUGGGGCCAGCCCCUCCACCCCCUCCACUGCCACAAUUUAAGCUCAAUGGAGGCUUUAAAAAAGUUCCAAAAACUUACAUGAAGAAAAUAUUGUUUGAAAUUGAAUCAUAAUGUACUCAAGUUGAAAUCUGUGAUUAUUUUUGUUUAAAUUAAUGUUUCUAAUUGGCAUUUAGUCGAAACUUAUCAAGUGUUCAUUAUUUUAUUUUGAUAGGUUAUUUUAUUUGUGUUCAUUAAGGACCUUAAUUUAUUAAUUUUCAAUUUCUUAUACUAUUUAUAAAGCUUCUUUUUUAUCAACUUUUGUGUUUUAGGGUUUAAGUUAGGCUACAUAAUUAAUUUAUUAUUUUGUUAUUUAUGUUCUUAAGAUUAUUUAUUACUGUAUUUAUAUGUUAUAGAGAUGUAGAACUUAUAAUAUACCAUGUUGUGUAGUUAACGAAAUUGCACAUUAACCAUCUAACUGGCAACAUGAUACACGUGAAACAAAGCUAAUAUUUGGAGAAUUGAUAAUGUUCUGUGUAUUUCUUGUGUUUUUGUUUUAAAAUAAGUUAUGUUUAACAGAAGAAGAAAUAAUUCAAGUAUGUUUUCAUUUCAUUCACUACAAUUUUCUUCUCCAUUGUAACAAAUGUCAUCUUGAAUCAAUUAUGAUAAAAUAACCAAGGGUUUUGUCCCAUUCGGUCAUUAAUUGUGUUUUGAUGUUUAUACAAUUGAUUCAGAUUUAGUUAAAAUAUUUCCUUUCUUACUGGUGAAGUGUCUGACCAAACUAUUAUAUUUUUAAGAAUACAUACAUACAUUCAUAUAAUAUAAUUUGUAUAUAUAUAUAUACAUUAUAUAUAUAUAUAUAUAUAUAUAUAUAUAUAUAAUGUAUUUUGCAUUUGUAUAUACAUAGGCACAUACAUCUAUAAAACACUUUUGAAAAAACAAACAUCGUUUAAAGAUCAUGUAAGAUAUUGUACUUAAACUACAUAUAAAUAUACAUUAAAUGUAUGUAAACGGCAAUAGCCUAAUUUAUUUUCAAUAAAGAUUCAUUUACAAAAAGUACGUGCUCCAUUCGGACUCAAACCCAUUAUUGAUUACUGAUUAUAUAUAUUUAAUCAGUACAAGAGUAUGCUUAUUUUUAUAUUCUGUGUAAUCUUUAACCUUACACACAUAAUAUAUUAAAUAGUGUUGUUCAAAGUUAUAACAAAUGUAUUAACUUCAUUCAAAGCAUUUUCAAAAUUUUAUAUUUUUUUAUAAAAUUAUUAAAAAAUAAGGAUAGUAUUCUAAUAUUUAUUAAAAGUUUUUGAAAAGUGAUGUAUAUAACAAUCUUAUGGUAUUGGUUUUAAAUUUCAUGUAAAUGUAAGAGUUUUACAGAAAGCUGAGGAAGUAUUACUUUUCUCCCUUAGAAGGGUAAGGGCUUAUAGCCCUUCUGGGAGUCUCUUGUAAGAAUCCAUUAAGUUUCUGACUACAGGAAAGUCCAUUAAAUUUCUGGUGUUGGUCUCUCUUACUUCUCGGGGCUCAGGAAGUUUUUCCUAUCUAUUCCUGACAAUGCUUAAGAUGACUGCAUAGUACAUCCAGCAAUAUUCUGCUGACUCACACCAUUAAUAGCUAAAUCUAUAGCUCUCUCUCUCUCAGUCACUCCUUAGUUCCUUUCUCUGUGACCAUUCUUGUCGAACGCCUUAUUUUUCUUUUGGCAGAGUCAAGGCUGUUGCACUCCCCCCCCCCCCCAAAGAUCUAUGAAUAGUUUUGAUUUUGAAUCAGCAUUUUGCUACAAUGAGGUUGUAGAUCACCUCUUCCACUUAUUCAUAACUCCCUUUCUUAAAACAAGUGAACCCACUUGAGGCACUAGACCUAUAUAGAGAUUUCACUCGUUUCUUGCUAAUAAGUCUAUUCCCUUAAUUUCCUAUUGAUACCUUUAUUACCUGGACCAACACCAGUUCUAAAUGAUUGUGUUUUGCCAGUUCCUUUAGUAUUAAAUGGCGGCUUAUUGCAAGCUCCACAUCAAACUUUUAGAAUCAUAACCUUUGAGUUGCUUGGCAGUGUUAAGGAAUGCGUGAGUAAGUAAAUUCUCUUUGAUUAUAGACGUAUUGUUUUUUCUAUUUUUUUUUUUUAAUAAGUGGUCUUUUUCCGUCUUACUAAUGGUUGAAUUUCAUAUAAGCUUCUUUUUUAUUGUCACACAACCAACUGAACUAUGUAAUGUAAUCUUAUGGAUUUUCCUUCUAUACCGAGUGUUUUAUUUAAUGUGUCUCAAGUCGAUUGUGUGGAAAUAAAUUACCAUAAAAUAGUGAAUUUAAUGUUUUUUCCCACAAAAUUAACUUCUGAGAACAAUUUAAAAAAAGGAAUUCAUAACCUUUAAUUUUAAAUACAAUGUGUCCUAAAAUCCAUAGGUCUGGAGUUCGAUUUAAAUUUUUCGAAAUUUAAACAUGUAAUAUAAUACCUUGGACAACUUUUCCAAACUAUUAUGUUUUUUAUUUCAAAGUGGUGGCCAAAAAACUGUGAAUUAUAAUAUUAACCAUAAUAAAUGCACUUGUGGAGAUAAAAAAAUGUAUUUUAUAUUUACUUUUGCAAUAAACUUAGUUAAGGCUAUUUUGAUAUUGAACAAGACAAUUUUCUCAUAGCAUUUCAAGUCCAAAUUUUUAAAAAUUCAAAAUUAUAUCUUUUAUUUUUAAAUUCUAAAAUAUACCAUAUACCAUAUUGUAUAUCAUUUUGUUUGUCCUUCCAAUCAGAUAACUUAAAAUUUUAGUGAAGAUUUUGGAGAUGAGAGCAGUGUAAUAGAUGACAUAGAUACAAACUCCGGUUUCACUCUCUUUGAUCCUGAAGAUGAAGAAUCAAGUCCAGAAGAACAGGAUAAUUAUCUACUGGAAGCUCCCGGGAAUUGGCCAGUUGUAGUGAAUCAGGAAUCUCUACGGAGUGAAACGAAAUGAAGUGAAUUGGGAAUCUCUUAGAAGUGAAAUAUGAGCAGGAGACAUACGAGGGGGUACCCUAAAGAAACCAGAAUAGCAUUGCCGUGGGUGGAGCUUGUGUAGUACACAUUUCUACCGCUAAGCGAGUAUAGCACAACUCAUAGUCAGUUCAGUGCCACCUGUAUUGUCAAUCUGACUUGUUCCGUUUAUCUGCAGUGAUUGUUUUUUGCUAGUACUGCUUUGUUCUUGUUUCAUUUUUUUAUGAUGGCAAGUUUUAUGUGAACAACGUACAGCUGUGAAAUUUUGUUUUCUACUCGGUAAAAAUGCUGCUGAAGCUGUUUUAAUGUUGAACACAGCUUACCAAGAUGUUGCUAUGGAAAAAACUCAAGCGUACGAGUGGUUUACUUCAUGGCGACAUGUCGAUGGAUGACAAACCUCGUUCUGAUCGUCCAUCAACUGACCGAAUCGACGAAAAUAUUUAAAAAAUUCGAGAGCUUGUGCUCACAGACCGUCGACAGACAAUUAAUCAACUAUCAGAGAUUAGUGGGUAAUCUUGGAGCUUGGUUCAGUGAAUUUUAAUGGAAUAUUUGAGAACGAAAAGGGUUGCUGCCAAGUUUGUUCCUCGGGUUCUGACUGACAAUCAAAAGGAACAUCGGGAAACAGAAUGUUUUUGGCUAAAAAUGGCAUGGUUCCGCAGCCCCACGCACCUUACUCACCUGAUCUGGCAUCGUGCGACUUUUUCUUAUUUCCACACAUGAAAAGGGGCGUGAAAGGACAUUGAUUUGGCAACAUCGAAGAGGUUAAGAAAAAAAAAACAAGGGAGGAGCUGUAAGCCAUUUCUUAAGAUGAGUACAAAAAAUGUUUCAAGCAAUGGAAACACCGGUGGAACAAAUGUAGUUGUAAUGGAGAACUCCCACUAGAAAUAUAAUUUGAACAUUGCCAGAAAUGUAUAAACAUUUCAUAGUAAAAUGUUCAUAAAUAAAAAUGUCAUGGCAAUUUUGUUUUAAUCUAAAAAUCAGAAAAAAUGUUAGAACCUUACAAACAGCUUAUGAUUUUACACAAAAUAUAAAGUCAAAGAAAAAAAUACAAACAGCACUAAAAAAGUCAACUAAACUGUAAUUUAUAAAUUUUAAAAUUUAACAAGAUUUUCCAAGUAAUCCCACUUACGAAAAACCUCAAAACUUGAACAAAUCUCAGCACUGAUAAGAGACUAACUUCAGAACUUGCUACAUAUUAUAAUAAAAUCUUAUACAUAUAUACGACGAUUAUUCCAAAAAUAAGGUCUGAUUCUCCAUAACGAUUUCAAUUUGGCGCCAAGGACAAAAUGUGUUGACUCCCAGCAUCAGUAGUAAAGUAAAGUAAAGUAAAGAAGUAAAGAAUGUCUUAUUUUACCAGGCGAAGUUAGGGCUAAGAAGCCCUCUCUAACACUUAACCUGGGUAGUCAACUUUAUGGAAAGAGAAACAACGAUCAAUAAAGCCACCUAUUGUGUUACUCUGACUAAACUUUGAAGUGCAAUCCAGAAUAAGCAGUGGUCUUUUGUUGUCUGGAGUGUUGUUGUUGCAUGACAAUGUCAGACUCCAUACUGCAAAACAAACACAAACUCUAAUCAAGAAAUUUGCAUGGGAACAGAUGGACCACUCACCUUACAGUCUGGACUUGUCACGUGUUCCGUUAUCUAAAGGAGUUUCUUGGCGGCAAGUGCUUCGACAUAGACACAGAUGGUGAAGUGAAAGAAGCAGUUAAAGACUAUCUUCGCAGGUAGCCAAUUUCUACAACUUAGGCAUUCAAAAGCUUGUUGAACGAUGUGACAAAUGUUUAAAAAAGUAUGGAAGUUAUGUUGAAAAAUGAUAAAGAUAUGUAUAGGUAUAACAAUUAAUAUUUCUUGGUGAUUAUUCGAGAAGUCUUAUUCGAUUAAUCAAGAGACUUGUAACACAUUUUCAUUGUUGCAGUACAAACAGCUAAUAAGCCGCCAUUUUGAAAUGAUAAAGAUCAUUAGGUUUUGUUUCUAGCAUAGUGUUUGUGUUACAAAGGCCUUAUAAGUUAUGUGUACAAUUAUGUAUAUUUACAUUUAAAAAAAGGGAGGAUUAAAAUUUAGAUGAAUAGAUUUUGGCAUUUCCUGUACCAUUCAUGAAACAUUUCAAACUGUUUUCAAGGGUUGCUUUUUGGGAAAAUCAUGUAAUUCACUAUUUUAUGGUAAUCUGUUCUCACACAAACUGUGUAAGACACUUUAUAUAAAAUAACCUGUAUAUGGAUGUUGAUUGGCAUAUAAGGGUGAGUUACUUAAGUGCAACUCAUACACCCCACACAUAUUAAGAUCAUUUUCACUGUUUCAAUGAAAGGAGUAAGUCUUCAGUCCAUUGAAUUUGAGCAAGGAUGUCCUCCUUGAACGAUGGACUUUCCUUAAUUUGUACUCUAAAAGUCACAAUGGAUGAGCAACUUUGGAUUUCCCCCUCUAUUUAGUAGCUCAUGGAACAAACCUGUCUGCUCCUAGUCCCUGGAAUGGUUUAGGGACUUUGUGGUCUCUUCCAUUCGGUAUCUGUGAAAAUUUCUAUCUUGUUAUUCAGUCUUUUAGAUUAAUUUGUACAAAGUUGUUGCUAUGAUUUAAUGACUGGAAUGUUAAUAUAUUGUUUUUUGAAAA